CAUCCGUAUGCUCCGGCCGCACGUUCUGCUCUCCCGUCGUCGUCGUCGCCGCCGCCGUACCGCUCCGUAUCGUACGCACGUCGCCGAAAAAACAAACAUAUUUAUUAUUGUUGUAUUAUUUUCGUUUUCCGUUUGGACGGGGACACAAUACCGAAACCACCGCGAUCGCGUUAACAACGGGUUCGCGUCCGUACGUGUCGCCCGCGCAACAAUUGAAUAUCCGUUCGUUAUUAUUAUUAAAAAAAAAAAAAAAUUGUUGUUUUAUCAUAAUUUAUUCUAUAGAUUUUUAUUUUUAUUUUUCCGCUCGUAAAUUUUCGUAAAACCCGCGGAAUCACCGCGCGAGCGUCUCGCCGCCGCCUCGGCGUUGCACGUAUUUGUUUGUCGCCGGUAUUCGCCAACAGUUGACGACGUCCGUUUUUUAUAUGGUGUUUUAUGCGAGUCUAAUGGCGCCCGUGUUGGGGUCCUCGAAGCUGGAACCGGAACCUUUCAAGACCGAACACCACAACAACAACGACGAGAUGGACAUCAAGCAGGGUACUAUACGAUAUGAUAUUAUGUUUUGUUUUUUUUUUUCCCCGCCGAUUAAUUUUUAUCGGAUCGACGACACGGACGCACAAUCGCACGUUCGGCAACCGCGUAGUACGCCCGAUUUUGCGGGAAAGCCGUGGGCAGUCGGUCCGGCGCGCGCGUCGUAAUUACCAAUCGGCGAUUCACCCGCCGGCGCGUGUCCGUCGCGAACCUCCUGGCCGCUGUUCUCGUAAUUGUCGCGCGCGGCGCUUGAUAAAAUUCGGCCGGGUCGAACGAUGUUUGAUUUGUUGUCUGUUCGUUUCGACUGUUAUUCGAAAUGCGUUAUUAGCGGUAGUUCCUCGGAUUAAAGGCCGUCGACACGCAUUUACGCGCUCCACCAGCAAAAUAAUAUGCUCGUCUGCGGUGAGCGAGGAGUUUAUACAGCCGAAAACGUUUUGUGUUACAACGUUCCAACGUAACAAAUGCGCAAUAAUCGAAUUUCGCUUGAAUCGAGGUGUACACGUUAACGUUAAUAAACUGGUCUCAUACCGUAUCGCCACCGGUACCGACCGAACGCGCAAUGAUAACAAGAGACGUCGCGUCAAACGGUCCCGGCCGUUUAAAAAGUUUAUUUUAUUUAUUUUUUUUUUUUUUUCUUAAUCUUCGAGCUAUUCUCCAUACCGUCAAUUUAAUAUCUGACGAGGCUCUCGUUUUGUCGCGGUGUCGGUCCGCCGGAAAUCUCGAAAUUCGCCGCGGAAAAUUAUUGUUCGGAUUCCCUCGUCGCGUUCGAUUCGUUCUAUCGGCGCGACACGGGAAACGGACGUUGUCGGUAUAAAAAAAAAAAAUAAUAAUAAAAACCACACCGGUAAAUCGCCCGGGCUCAUACGGACAAUUCGCGGUUUCACCCCGACGUUCGCCCGGGGCGGUCAGCGGCGCGGCGUGCCGAGCGUUUUUCGCGCUCGGAACGAGCGAAAAAAACAUUUGUACCCGCCCGAUCGAGGCGCGGAUUUUCACGCGGACUGCGCACAAUUGCGGCAACAGUUUUACAGCCGCGGUCGUUAACCGUGCGUAAUAAAGGCUGCCGGGCGCGCGUCCGUGUGCCGAUCAUAUCGUAAUGCGCAUAACCAAUUUAUUAAUUAUAAAUUAUUAACAUAACCUUUACCAAACGGCGCGGGGUGCGACGACGAUUUCCGAACUAGCCGGACGACAUUCGACGCGUUCGAUCGGCCGCCCGUUUUCCAGCCGCCUCGAUAACGACCCGCGCCACCGACCGAGCGUCGGCGAUUCGCCCGCGCGACGACCGCGGCGAAAUAACAAAACGUUCCCGUCGGCCGUUAUCGUGUGCGUGUUUUUGUUCGGAAAACCCGCGGCGGACGCGUUCCCGCGGUUGUUCCGUUACUCGUGUUAUAAUUGAUUUUCUACAGUAAUUUUAAUCGCGACGUAAACCGUCGUGCGCGUUGUUGACGUUGCGAAAACGCGACGGUAUGAUCGCCAAAGGACGUAACGGCCGAAAAAUCCCAUCGGGUUUCCGGCACACUUGUAACGCGCGUACUACGCGGCGAACGGGUUUUCAGAUUGCGAUUUUUCGUUGCUUUCCCGCGCCGCGCAAAGUCUACGGGAACACGCGACGAGUGUUACGGGCAAUAAUAUUUACCUAAGGGACUACCCGUCCAAUAAAAACGGUAUUGACCUAGGCGAUGGAAAAAAAAAAAAAACUAAAUAAAUAAAAACGCUGUAAAACUCGAGACGCACGGAGACCGUAUAAAAACUAUCGGCGAUUGUAUAAUAUUCUGCAGCGACGCGCGUGGUGACCGGGGAGGGGGGGGCGUUUCGGCCGCCGGCCCCUCCCCCUUCUAUGACCGUGUUUAUGUCGAAAAUAAUUUUAAUUCUCGCUUUAUGCAUCAGAUUGCUAAAGACGUGCUGUGUUUCACGCGUACACAAUUAUUGAGCAUAUUAAGUUAAGUGUGUUACGAGCGCGCGAUAAACCUACAAAACGCAUCGGUAAGAAAAAAAAAAAAAAAAUCCUCGCCUUAUUAUUAACAAUACGGCAAUUAUGGCGCCCCCACCGGUGGGGGUGGAAAAGGUCGGGGGCUGUAUCACCGUUCGCGUAGAAAUCGGCCGUUAAAUUCCCGUUUGUCAGUGGGCCGUUCACCACUGUCGAUUCCUAUACGGGGGGCCCUUUCGCGAUCGAAAAUUCCCGGGGCGCGCGCCGAAUCGCAUUUAAAACCGUGAUUUCUGCGGUCGCGGUAUUUUUAUAGCGCGCGAAAAUCGAUAAAAACGUUGGAUUAAAAAAAAAAAACAAAAAAAAUCACGAGGAAAUCGGUAAUAAAAAAAACCGCAUACCUACGAGACGCAUUCGACGGAUUUCGCUAAGCGUAACCGUCGUUGAGGGGCGACGGAGUAGCGGGAGGACGAAGCGAAGGUCACACCCCCGUUUCGCAAUGACAUAUACGGUCAAAUAGGUAGGCGGUUAUGUGCCCGUGUCCGCUAACGACCGCGUUUAAGUUUUUGCGGUUUUGCUUCAAGUGUGCGGCUAAGUUCACCGCGCCACUGUUCCGGACGACCGUUGCCGUCGUCUCCCGGGCAUUUUCAAACAUCGGCGGCGUUUUCGCGUCGGUCGAACCGAUUUUUACGGGUAAUUAACGGACGGUGUAAACGUCGUCGCCGCUGACGCACGGACAAUGAUGAUAUUAUGGAAAUCGAUCGGUCGAUACGUUAACGACGUUUUAAUACGUUUUUUUUUUUUUUUUUUACCCUUGUUUUCGCAUCCCGGGAAUGACAAGAAUUAUUCACGUCGCGAUACGCGUACCGUUAUAACGGGCGAAAGGACACGGGGAAAAAUGUCAGCGAUUUUUAGCCACGGAUUUGCAGAACACAAGGUCGCGCCGGUCCAAAGGGAAAUCGAGAAAACGUAUAAGAACACUGUCGUAAUUAGGGGGGGGGGGCGUGGAUUGUUUUGUUUUCGAAAAUAUCACCCCGGACAAACGUCGUCAAAUAAAAUACCUAACCCAAAGUGUAUCGAUAAAUGUCAUAUAAGUAUUAUUUGCAGGGGUUUUUUUUUUUUCUUUUCACAUAAAACUCGGAGAUCGAGACGCGCGAGUGUAAGGAGCUACACCGUCUGGACGUUUUUUAUUAAUUUAUUGUAAAACCCCCUCACGUUGUACCCGCAGAUUUUUAGCGGCUCGAUAAUCGAUAAUGUGUUAACAUUUUCGGCAUACAAAAAAAAACGCAUUGAAAAUUCAGCCAAAAAUACGUACCAAGAGUCGGAUUUUCGUCCAUGAAAAAAAAAAAAAAAUCAAAAAACUUAUUUAUUUUCAUCCCGCCCGAGUCGACUACCCUUAUUAUCCGUAUAUAUACGCUCGUGUCCGCGUGUCCGUCUGCCUUUUCGCCUUCUCGUCGGGUUUUUCUCCCGAUUGCCCCGUCCGCGUUUGGGUAACAUCCCAAUAUAAUAUCUCUGUUCUCUCUCUCAUAUUUGUCCCCGUAUGUUCGUUCUCCCGUUUCUGUUCCACCAGCGGCCUAAUCGCUAACGGCAGUCCGGAACGCCGACCUUCGCGGUAACAGCUGUGCACCGAACUUCGGUUUGAUUCGCCCGUGGCGGAUUAUUGAGGAGUAUUGCAUCGGAAGCGAUCCUACGUCAAUUGUUUUUAGUAGUUUUAUUGUACCUGGGUUUUGCACAAGUAAUAUCCCGUACGCGUUUAACGCCCCCGGAACGAAAUAGAUAAAUAAUAUCCGAAUUGCGAAUCUCCCGUCGCGCCCGAUCACGCCGCUCUUAGUCCACUCCUGCCGGACAGCGGAUAAAAUACAACCGAACAAUAAUAAUAAACACACGUUUGUUGAAUAGAAAAAUUGCCCGUCAACGCAUUGCGUUCGUCAUUACUAACGGUGUCGUUAUUGUUGAUUUUGCAGAAAACGUAAACGACUAUCAGAUCCAUUACGCGCUGAACGCUCUCCUGGAACGGUACAACAUCGAUCAGCAGCCCAGGGAUGAACAGGAAUUACGUUCCCUGUUCGUAGACGCCUACCAACGGCUCAAGGACGCCGGCGGCCGGCUCCAGCAACACCACCAGCAGCAACAGCAACAGCAGCUCGAGGCCGCCGCGGCCGCGAGCACGGACGUGGUCCUUUUGCAGAUCAUGCACCAAGUGUUCGAUCUACACCCCGACUGGCUGGACAGGCGGAACAACAAUCAGCCGCCGGCCGUAAACGUGUCCGGGGGGCAGGCGCCGGUCGCGGUUCCGGACGACGAGACAUCGUCGGUCGCGUCGUCCGCGUCGUCGUCCAACCCGCCGUCGUCCACCAUCUCGUCGUCCCGGCAACAGCGGCAGACCAGGCCGUUCAAGUGCACCGUGUGCGGCAAAGAGUUCGGCUACAAGCACGUGCUGCAGAACCACGAACGCACGCACACCGGCGAGAAGCCGUUCGUGUGCUCGGUGUGCAAAAAAUGCUUCACCCGGGACCACCAUCUCAAGACGCACGUCCGGUUGCACACGGGGGAAAAGCCGUUCUGGUGCCCGCACUGCAAUCGGUUCUUCGUGCAGGUAGCCAACUUGCGCCGGCACCUCAAGACGCACACGGGCGAGAGUUCGUAUCCGUGCGAGUACUGCGUGGCGUUCUUCGAGACGGCCGCGGACCUCAAGGACCACAAGCGACAGCACAAGGAGAACAGCAAACCGCGCGGCGGCGUGGCCGCGACCAACAAGCCGGCCGCUGGCGCGACACAGAAACGUCGACGCGGCGCCAACAAAGAGGCCGCACCGGGCAACACCGCGGUCGAACAACAGUCGUCCAGCUCGUGGUCGCCGGUCGCCCACGGCUCUCCGCCGCCGUCCCCGCUUCCGUCGGCGGCCAGUAGUUACUGGUCGUCGCCGCCGCCGCAACCGCAGGCCGCGUACGUCCAACAGUAUCAUCUGCAGCCGCCCGCGGUCUCGCCGCCCGCGAUCGCCGCCGUCCAGCAGCAACAGCCGCCGCCGUCGCCCAUCGAACCGUAUCACUACUUGCAGUUCAUCGCCCGGUUUCAGUCGCCCGAACGCGCCAACGAACCGUUCGGCUGUGUCGGCGGCAAGUUCCGGGUACCCGAACAGACCGAACCCGAAGACCUGUCCGUCAAGUCGUCCAAGGCAGCGGCGGCCGCGGCCAACAAAAUGAUCGUCGACGUGUCCAGGGUGGAACAGCCCGUCGACCUCGCCAUGGAUCUCACGUGUAAAUAGUUUUAUUUUUUUUUUUUAUUUCCUUUAAACUUUUUAUAUUAUUAUUAUUAUUAUGUAUUUGAUGAAUCCUCGUACAGAAAAACCAAUCGUAAAUAUUAUUAUUAUUAUUAUUUAUUUAGCCGGACAAAUUUUUGAUUAAAACCCGAAUCGUAAAGUUUUUUCGGGGGGUUUCUUAAGAGUUC